AUUUUCUAUCCAAUAACAAACUCCAAACACUCUUAACACUACUACUUCAAAACAAGUGUUACAAAAUGACCGAGUUAAUCCCGGGUCUUCCAGAAGAAAUUGCACUAGAAUGUCUGACUCGCUUUCACUACUCAACUCACCGAGUUGCAUCCCGAGUUUGCAAAAACUGGAAAUAUCUUCUUCAAAGCAGAGACUUUUAUUAUCACCGUAAACAAUCUUCACUUACCCAUAAAGCUGCUUGCUUAAUUCAAUCACUUCCUUCUGACUCGUCUUCUAAACCGGUUUGCCCACCCAGAUAUGGGGUUACUCUGUUUGACCCGGUUAACGAGAUAUGGGAGCUGGUCGAACCGGUUCCUGAAUACCCAGAUGGGUUACCUUUGUUUUGCAAAGUUACUAGCUCUGAAGGUAAAGUUUUAGUGCUGGGUGGGUGGGACCCGGUGAGUUACGAGCCAGUGAGUCAUGUUUUUGUGUAUGAUUUUGUGACUCGGAAGUGGAGGAAAGGCAAGGAUAUACCUGAUAGUCGGUCUUUUUUUGCUGUGGGUGAGUUAGACGGGCGAGUUAUAGUCGCGGGUGGGCAUGAUUUGAAUAAAAACGCGCUGAGUUCUGCAUGGGUUUAUGAUGUGACUCGGGAUGAGUGGAGUGAGCUACCUCGGAUGAGUCAAGAGCGAGAUGAGUGCGAAGGAGUGGUAAUUGGGUCUAAAUUUUGGGUAGUGAGUGGAUACAGAACCGAAAAUCAAGGUGAAUUUGAAGCAAGUGCUGAGUUCAUUGACCUGGAAGCGAGUCAAUGGAACCGAGUCGAAGAUGCAUGGAAGGAAUCGGGGGUGAAUGGAUCCCCGAAGUCAUGUCUUGGGGUGGACAAAAGUGGGAAAUUGUUGAGUUGGGCUGGGCCUGACUCGGAAAUUAAAGUCGGGGCUUGUGGAGUCCAAAGCGAGGAAUGGGUUUUAGUAUCUGGAUCAGCUUAUCUAGGUGGGCCACAAGAGUUUUUUUUCAUGGAAGGGCAAAAUGGGAAAUGGAAAAAGUUGAAUAUUCCGGAUGAGUUUUCUGGGUUUGCACAGUCAGCUUGCUUUGCUGAGAUAUAAAACUAAUCUAAAAUGCAAUGUUUUUAAAACCGAGCUAACCCGACUACGCCGGUCAAGCCAUAAACCUCUAUGAAGCCGGUUUAAUUUCCGGUCGGAUUAUAAAAACCUUGCUACAAUGCACUCAAGAGUUGAUCAUAAUAGAGUCCAUAUUUUUCAUGUAUAUGUUCAAUCAAUGUCUUGUGUACUAAAUGUACUGUAAAAUUGUUGAUGUACAAAUUAUAUAUAGUCAAGCUUCUUAGUUCUUAUCCAAAA